CGAGACGUGGCGCUAUAUAGCGGCGGGCGGGGCGGCGGCGCGGCCUCUCCGCCGCGGAGCCGCCGCCAUGGACACGAGCCGCGUGCAGCCCAUCAAGCUCGCGAGGGUGACCAAGGUGCUGGGCCGGACCGGCUCGCAGGGGCAGUGCACGCAGGUGCGUGUGGAGUUCAUGGACGAUACGAGCCGCUCUAUCAUCCGCAACGUGAAGGGGCCGGUGCGCGAGGGCGACGUGCUCACGCUGCUCGAGUCGGAGCGCGAGGCCCGGCGGCUGCGCUGACCCGCCGGUGAUGAAGGCCAUACUGCACUAGCUCAAGAGCUGCUAGUUGACAUCUGCUCUGCCAGAUGUGGCUCACAGAAGAAGAGGAUGGCAUUUGGAGCUAAUACAAUAAAGUUUGUUGUUGGUGUUUU